CGGUAGCUAGCGUUGACAAGUGACGGGUACAAAACAGUCUUCAGGAUGGCAGAUCAAGGAACCUCUACACCGCAGGGGGACGGCAGAGCUACGACACCUGCCACAAGGACGGACAUCUCCAUGUCGGAUGAAGAUGCUCAUUGCGAAAUGCUACGAGGAGGGAAUCAUUCCGGAGAAGUUCAGACAUGGUGAAUGGGUGGUAGAAGGAGGAAUUCGACUUUUCGAAGUCAAACCAGGCUUAGAUACGCUUGUAACAGCUUGGCUCAAGGAGAGAACCGUGACGGUCAUCUUCCAAGGAGAAGCGAGAGACCUUCCGCUUAGAACUAGAGAGGAUUUGGUGCGGGCUUAUGAGAAUGGCUGGUAUAGAGAGAGGAUCUUUGACAGGUCAAUAAAGCGGGGUAGAAUUCAUGGGAAGGGUCCAAACGUACUCUCAUAUGUAGCUAAGUCUAGGGAAGUGGCUCAGUGGAUGAUUGCGAAAGGAGAAGAUAAGGUUACGAUUUGUGGGAUCGAAUAUGGCAUGAUGUUUAAACCUUGGUUGACCAAGGCGGAACUAGAGGAACGCAGGCGACUAGAGGACGAUUCUAAAUUUUGGGUGAUGGCACUAAGGGUGCCUCUUCGAGUAAUGUUUCAUGUGGAGAGCAUAGUGGAAACUGCGAUGGGCCGAGUCAUCAAGGCGAUUCCUCCGGAACUGGACAAAACUAGACCAAAGCUCAUGAACUUAAAAUUUGAAUUGGUACGUGAGGCGGAGGAGAGAUUUGAAGAGGAGAUGCCUAUCAAAUUGGAUGACGGCGAAAUUCAUUACAUAAAAUUCGCCUGCAAGAACACUCCGUGGUGUGAUACGUGUCAUUGGUACUUUCACACGGCAAUGGAGGACUGUCCGAGACAAGGGGAAGUGCAGCAAGAACAACAACCGAACAGGGGAGCGAGAGAAAACACCUUCGGAACAAGCCGGAGAGGGGAGGGUGAUGGAUCGCUCAAUAGAGGUAUCUGGGCAGCAGCAAGGGAGGUCCAUCCAAGCGCGAGUGGUCAUUCCGAACCAAGCUCGUCGUCGCAAGGAAACCAGAGCAGAUCGCUCGUGCAGCAACCUCAAGGUACUCUCAAUGCAGCGGCGACAGUUGUACAACAACAACAACAAGGCACAUGGAUUCAACAACAUCCAGCCCUACUUCCGCUGGUAGGAGGAAUGCAUCCUGAUGCUUUCCAAUGGCAAGCACUGUACCAAACUCUGAAUCAAGAUCCCCGGUUCAGCGGCUGGUUGGCUGGUGCUAAUGGGGCCAUGGUACCACCAUGCGACUACCCAUACAGUGGGGGUCAGUUCAUCAACCCUCCGGGAGGAUGUUACUGAGCAUCUCUGGCUGGGCCUUCUAGGCCCCGGGCGGCUUAUCCAGGUCCAAGCAAUGUUCCAGUACCUCAAGCGGGUGGCCUGAUUGGAGGUACCACUAUUGGCAUGAACGGAGAUGGCAUAAAGGAGAUCCACCAAGUGGGGCAAGAUCAAGUAAGGACCCACAGAGUGGUUCAUAGGACCCGGGUGGAAGUGGGAUGAUUGGUGCCUCUCCAGGUCAUGUUCCAGGUGGCAUCCCUUCCCCUGAGGAAGGCGCCGCCGGAUUUGAAGAAAGAUGGCUACUACCGCUAGUAUGUAUUAUGCAAGCGCAAGUUGUGCACGUGAUUGGUCUCGUCAACAAAGAAGGCAAGAUGAC